GUGUCUGAGGGGGCAAUGGCGGCCGCGGGCUCCGCCGGGCAGGGCGGGGAUGGGGACGAGCUCUUCGACGUGAAGAACAGCUUCUACAUCGGGGCCUACCAGGCCGCCAUCAAUGAGGCGCAGCGCGUCAAGCCGUCCAACCCAGAGAAGGAAGUGGAGAGGGACGUGUUCUUGUUCCGAGCCUACAUUGCCCAGAGGAAAUACGGCGUUGUCCUGGAUGAAAUUAAAGCCAAUGCUAGUCCUGAGCUCCAGGCAGUGAGGAUGUUUGCAGAGUAUCUUUCAAAUGAGAGUCAGAGGGAUGCAAUUGUUGCUGAUUUGGACAAGAAAAUGGCCAAAAGCGUUGAUGUGGCCAAUACCACCUUCUUGCUGAUGGCUGCUUCCAUCUAUUUCCAUGACAAGAACCCGGACGCGGCUCUGCGCACUCUGCACCAAGGGGAGAGCCUGGAGUGCAUGGCCAUGAUGAUACAGAUUCUUCUGAAGCUUGACAGGCUUGAUCUGGCUCGCAAGGAACUUAAAAAGAUGCAGGAGCAAGAUGAGGAUGCAACCCUGACUCAGCUGGCAACUGCCUGGGUGAACCUGGCCAUUGGUGGUGAGAAGUUACAAGAUGCUUAUUACAUCUUCCAAGAGAUGGCAGACAAAUGCUCCUCCACCCUCCUGCUGCUUAACGGGCAAGCAGCCUGCUACAUGGCCCAGGGCAAGUGGGACGAUGCAGAAGGAGUGCUUCAGGAGGCACUGGACAAGGACAGUGGCCAUCCUGAGACCCUGAUCAACUUCGUGGUCCUGUCACAGCACUUGGGCAAACCCCCAGAGGUUACGAAUCGCUAUUUGUCACAGCUGAAAGAUGCACAUAAGAAUCAUCCAUUCAUAAAGGAGUAUCAGGCAAAGGAGAACGACUUUGACCGGUUGGCUGUGCAGUACGCCCCCAGCGCCUGAGGAGAGGGAAAGGAGGCUGCAGACCUGCUCUCUGGUACCUUGGGAACUGGGGUUGAUGUGCAAAAAACUCCGUGGUAACACAGAAAAACGCUCUCUGCAAGUUGUCUGCCUUCUCUCCCCGUGGGGAGGGUCUCGCAGUCCAGUGAGAUGCUGUUAAAGCUGCAUAGAACACGUAGCUACUUGAAUUUGGUAGCUGCAAAGCCUGUGCUCUGGCUUACCUGAGUCCUGAACUCUGUUUAAACUACAGUGAGAAUCAGGAGUGUGCCACGCUGUACCUUAAACAUUCCUAAUAAAGCCUUUUCUGGGUCCUUAA